GUCGCCUGUUAAUCAUGAGGAUUUGGCAGCUGUCCCUGAUCUUGGGGCUUUUCCACCUCGGGAAGGCCUCCACCAAGCUGGAUUGUUCAAGGCAAGAACUGGAUCUGGUCUUUCUGCUGGACUCUUCCGGUAGUGUCAAACUGCACAACUUCAAAAUCAUGCUUUCCUUCGUGAAAAGCUUCCUUUCGACAGCAAGUAUAGAUGAUGGUAAAGUCCGAGUUGGUGUGGUCACUUUUAACCAUCGUGUGCAUAUUGAGUUUCACCUCAAUCAAUAUAACACGAAGAAAGAGUUAUUCCAGGCAAUAGACAAAAUCAGAUACAAAAAGGGAGCUACCAACACAUAUGCUGGUCUCAGAACACUGAGAACUAAAAUGUUCAUCAAAAGAAGAGGUGAUCGUGGAAGUGCCAUGAAUGUAGCUUUGGUCAUCACAGAUGGUUUGUCCAACAGGAAUUCCAAUAAGACGAUUCCAGAAGCAAAGGCUGUCAGGAGGGAAAACAUCCAUAUCUAUGCCAUUGGUAUUGGACUGAAGAAGCGUACAGCGGAGUUAGAAGGGAUAGCCAGUAGACCCAUUGAAGAGAAUCGAUUUACAGUACAGGACUUCAAAAAGUUAGGAGGCCUUAAGGACAAAGUAUUCGCUUCAGUCUGCAAGAUUACCACAACUCCACCAAAAGCUUGUCCAAGGCAAGAACUGGAUUUGGUCUUUCUGCUGGACUCUUCCGGUAGUGUCAAACUGCACAACUUCAAAAUCAUGCUUUCCUUCGUGAAAAGCUUCCUUUCGACAGCAAGUAUAGAUGAUGGUAAAGUCCGAGUUGGUGUGGUCACUUUUAACCAACGUGUGCAUAUUCAGUUUCACCUCAAUCAAUAUAAAACGAAGAAAGAGUUAUUCCAGGCAAUAGACAAAAUCAGAUACAAAAAAGGAGCUACCAACACAUAUGCUGGUCUCAGAACACUGAGAACUAAAAUGUUCAUCAAAAGAAGAGGUGAUCGUGGAAGUGCCAUGAAUGUAGCUUUGGUCAUCACAGAUGGUUUGUCCAACAGGAAUUCCAAAAAGACGAUUCCAGAAGCAAAGGCUGUCAGGAGGGAAAACAUCCACAUCUAUGCCAUUGGUAUUGGACUGAAGAAGCGUACAGCGGAGUUAGAAGGGAUAGCCAGUAGACCCAUUGAAGAGAAUCGAUUUACAGUACAGGACUUCAAAAAGUUAGGAGGCCUUAAGGACAAAGUAUUCGCUUCAGUCUGCAAGAUUACCACAACUCCACCAAAAGGUCGGUGUCGUAGAGGACGUUGCCGUAAUGGAGGCACUUGCAAGCAGGUUGGACGCUCGAAAUGGAGAUGUUUGUGUCGACGUGGAUUCGGGGGCAGGACAUGUAAAAGGAGAGUAGGUCGGUGUCAUAGGAAACGUUGCCGUAAUGGAGGCACUUGCAAGCAGAUUGGACGCUCGAAAUGGAGAUGUUUGUGUCGACGUGGAUUCGGGGGCAGGACAUGUAAAAGGAGAGUAGGUCGGUGUCAUAGAAAACGUUGCCGUAAUGGAGGCACUUGCAAGCAGAUUGGACGCUCGAAAUGGAGAUGUUUGUGUCGACGUGGAUUCGGGGGCAGGACAUGUAAAAGGAGAGUAGGUCGGUGUCAUAGAAAACGUUGCCGUAAUGGAGGCACUUGCAAGCAGAUUGGACGCUCGAAAUGGAGAUGUUUGUGUCGACGUGGAUUCGGGGGCAGGACAUGUAAAAGGAGAGUAGGUCGGUGUCAUAGAAAACGUUGCCGUAAUGGAGGCACUUGCAGGCAGAUUGGACGCUCGAAAUGGAGAUGUUUGUGUCGACGUGGAUUCGGUGGCAGGACAUGUAAAAGGAGAGUAGGUCGGUGUAAUAGAAGACGUUGCCGUAAUGGAGGCACUUGCAGGCAGAUUGGACGCUCGAAAUGGAAAUGUUUGUGUCGACGUGGAUUCGGGGGCAGGAGAUGUAAAAAGAGAGUAGGUCGGUGUCAUAGAAGACGUUGCCGUAAUGGAGGCACUUGCAGGCAGAUUGGACGCUCGAAAUGGAGAUGUUUGUGUCGACGUGGAUUCGGUGGCAGGACAUGUAAAAGGAAAGUAGGUCGGUGUAAUAGAAGACGUUGCCGUAAUGGAGGCACUUGCAGGCAGAUUGGACGCUCGAAAUGGAAAUGUUUGUGUCGACGUGGAUUCGGGGGCAGGAGAUGUAAAAAGAGAGUAGGUCGGUGUCAUAGAAGACGUUGCCGUAAUGGAGGCACUUGCAGGCAGAUUGGACGCUCGAAAUGGAGAUGUUUGUGUCGACGUGGAUUCGGUGGCAGGACAUGUAAAAGGAAAGUAGGUCGGUGUCAUAGAAGACGUUGUCGUAAUGGAGGCACUUGCAGGCAGAUUGGACGCUCGAAAUGGAGAUGUUUGUGUCGACGUGGAUUCGGUGGCAGGACAUGUAAAAGGAAAGUAGGUCGGUGUCAUAGAAGACGUUGUCGUAAUGGAGGCACUUGCAGGCAGAUUGGACGCUCGAAAUGGAGAUGUUUGUGUCGACGUGGAUUCGGUGGCAGGACAUGUAAAAGGAAAGUAGGUCGGUGUAAUAGAAGACGUUGCCGUAAUGGAGGCACUUGCAGGCAGAUUGGACGCUCGAAAUGGAAAUGUUUGUGUCGACGUGGAUUCGGGGGCAGGAGAUGUAAAAAGAGAGUAGGUCGGUGUCAUAGAAGACGUUGUCGUAAUGGAGGCACUUGCAGGCAGAUUGGACGCUCGAAAUGGAGAUGUUUGUGUCGACGUGGAUUCGGUGGCAGGACAUGUAAAAGGAAAGUAGGUCGGUGUCAUAGAAGACGUUGUCGUAAUGGAGGCACUUGCAGGCAGAUUGGACGCUCGAAAUGGAGAUGUUUGUGUCGACGUGGAUUCGGUGGCAGGACAUGUAAAAGGAAAGUAGGUCGGUGUCGUAGAAGACUUUGCCGCAAUGGAGGCACUUGCAAGCAGAUCGGACUCUUCAGAUGGAGAUGUUUAUGUCGACGUGGAUUCAGAGGCAGGAGAUGUCGGAAGAGUGUUGGUCGGUGUCAUAGAAGACGUUGUCGUAAUGGAGGCACUUGCAGGCAGAUUGGACGCUCGAAAUGGAGAUGUUUGUGUCGACGUGGAUUCGGUGGCAGGACAUGUAAAAGGAAAGUAGGUCGGUGUCAUAGAAGACGUUGUCGUAAUGGAGGCACUUGCAGGCAGAUUGGACGCUCGAAAUGGAGAUGUUUGUGUCGACGUGGAUUCGGUGGCAGGACAUGUAAAAGGAAAGUAGGUCGGUGUCGUAGAAGACUUUGCCGCAAUGGAGGCACUUGCAAGCAGAUCGGACUCUUCAGAUGGAGAUGUUUAUGUCGACGUGGAUUCAGAGGCAGGAGAUGUCGGAAGAGUGUUGGUCGGUGUCAUAGAAGACGUUGUCGUAAUGGAGGCACUUGCAGGCAGAUUGGACGCUCGAAAUGGAGAUGUUUGUGUCGACGUGGAUUCGGUGGCAGGACAUGUAAAAGGAAAGUAGGUCGGUGUCAUAGAAGACGUUGCCGUAAUGGAGGCACUUGCAGGCAGAUUGGACGCUCGAAAUGGAGAUGUUUGUGUCGACGUGGAUUCGGUGGCAGGACAUGUAAAAGGAAAGUAGGUCGGUGUAAUAGAAGACGUUGCCGUAAUGGAGGCACUUGCAGGCAGAUUGGACGCUCGAAAUGGAAGUGUUUGUGUCGACGUGGAUUCGGGGGCAGGAGAUGUAAAAAGAGAGUAGGUCGGUGUCAUAGAAGACGUUGCCGUAAUGGAGGCACUUGCAGGCAGAUUGGACGCUCGAAAUGGAGAUGUUUGUGUCGACGUGGAUUCGGUGGCAGGACAUGUAAAAGGAAAGUAGGUCGGUGUAAUAGAAGACGUUGCCGUAAUGGAGGCACUUGCAGGCAGAUUGGACGCUCGAAAUGGAAGUGUUUGUGUCGACGUGGAUUCGGGGGCAGGAGAUGUAAAAAGAGAGUAGGUCGGUGUCAUAGAAGACGUUGCCGUAAUGGAGGCACUUGCAGGCAGAUUGGACGCUCGAAAUGGAGAUGUUUGUGUCGACGUGGAUUCGGUGGCAGGACAUGUAAAAGGAAAGUAGGUCGGUGUCAUAGAAGACGUUGCCGUAAUGGAGGCACUUGCAGGCAGAUUGGACGCUCGAAAUGGAGAUGUUUGUGUCGACGUGGAUUCGGUGGCAGGACAUGUAAAAGGAAAGUAGGUCGGUGUCAUAGAAGACGUUGCCGUAAUGGAGGCACUUGCAGGCAGAUUGGACGCUCGAAAUGGAGAUGUUUGUGUCGACGUGGAUUCGGUGGCAGGACAUGUAAAAGGAAAGUAGGUCGGUGUCGUAGAAGACUUUGCCGCAAUGGAGGCACUUGCAAGCAGAUCGGACUCUUCAGAUGGAGAUGUUUAUGUCGACGUGGAUUCAGAGGCAGGAGAUGUCGGAAGAGUGUUGGUUGGUGUCAUAAAAGACGUUGCCGCAAUGGAGGCACUUGCAAGCAGAUUGGACGCCGGAAAUGGAGAUGUUUAUGUCGACGUGGAUUCAGAGGCAGGAGAUGUAAAAGGAAAGUAGGUGGGUGUCCCAGAAGACGUUGCCGCAAUGGAGGCACUUGCAAGCGGAUUGGACUCUUCAGAUGGAGAUGCUUAUGUCGACGUGGAUUCAGAGGCAGGAGAUGUCAGAAGGGUGUUGGCCAAGGUCGGUGUCAUAAAAGACGUUGCCGCAAUGGAGGCACUUGCAAGCAGAUUGGACGCCGGAAAUGGAGAUGUUUUUGUCGACGUGGAUUUAGAGGCAGGAGAUGUAAAAGGAAAGUAGGUGGGUGUCCCAGAGGACGUUGCCGCAAUGGAGGCACUUGCAAGCGGAUUGGACUCUUCAGAUGGAGAUGCUUAUGUCGACGUGGAUUCAGAGGCAGGAGAUGUCAGAAGGGUGUUGGCCAAGGUUGGUGUCAUAAAAGACGUUGCCGCAAUGGAGGCACUUGCAAGCAGACUGGACGCCGGAAAUGGAGAUGUUUUUGUCGACGUGGAUUUAGAGGCAGGAGAUGUAAAAGGAAAGUAGGUGGGUGUCCCAGAGGACGUUGCCGCAAUGGAGGCACUUGCAAGCGGAUUGGACUCUUCAGAUGGAGAUGCUUAUGUCGACGUGGAUUCAGAGGCAGGAGAUGUCAGAAGGGUGUUGGUGGGUGUCCCAGAGGACGUUGCCGCAAUGGAGGCACUUGCAAGCGGAUUGGACUCUUCAGAUGGAGAUGCUUAUGUCGACGUGGAUUCAGAGGCAGGAGAUGUCAGAAGGGUGUUGGUGGGUGUCCCAGAGGACGUUGCCGCAAUGGAGGCACUUGCAAGCGGAUUGGACUCUUCAGAUGGAGAUGCUUAUGUCGACGUGGAUUCAGAGGCAGGAGAUGUCAGAAGGGUGUUGGUGGGUGUCCCAGAGGACGUUGCCGCAAUGGAGGCACUUGCAAGCGGAUUGGACUCUUCAGAUGGAGAUGCUUAUGUCGACGUGGAUUCAGAGGCAGGAGAUGUCAGAAGGGUGUUGGUGGGUGUCCCAGAGGACGUUGCCGCAAUGGAGGCACUUGCAAGCGGAUUGGACUCUUCAGAUGGAGAUGCUUAUGUCGACGUGGAUUCAGAGGCAGGAGAUGUCAGAAGGGUGUUGGUGGGUGUCCCAGAGGACGUUGCCGCAAUGGAGGCACUUGCAAGCGGAUUGGACUCUUCAGAUGGAGAUGCUUAUGUCGACGUGGAUUUAGAGGCAGGAGAUGUCAGAAGGGUGUUGGUGGGUGUCCCAGAGGACGUUGCCGCAAUGGAGGCGCUUGCAAGCGGAUUGGACUCUUCAGAUGGAGAUGCUUAUGUCGACGUGGAUUCAGAGGCAGGAGAUGUCAGAAGGGUGUUGGUGGGUGUCCCAGAGGACGUUGCCGCAAUGGAGGCACUUGCAAGCGGAUUGGACUCUUCAGAUGGAGAUGCUUAUGUCGACGUGGAUUCAGAGGCAGGAGAUGUCAGAAGGGUGUUGGUGGGUGUCCCAGAGGACGUUGCCGCAAUGGAGGCACUUGCAAGCGGAUUGGACUCUUCAGAUGGAGAUGCUUAUGUCGACGUGGAUUCAGAGGCAGGAGAUGUCAGAAGGGUGUUGGUGGGUGUCCCAGAGGACGUUGCCGCAAUGGAGGCACUUGCAAGCGGAUUGGACUCUUCAGAUGGAGAUGCUUAUGUCGACGUGGAUUCAGAGGCAGGAGAUGUCAGAAGGGUGUUGGUGGGUGUCCCAGAGGACGUUGCCGCAAUGGAGGCACUUGCAAGCGGAUUGGACUCUUCAGAUGGAGAUGCUUAUGUCGACGUGGAUUCAGAGGCAGGAGAUGUCAGAAGGGUGUUGGUGGGUGUCCCAGAGGACGUUGCCGCAAUGGAGGCACUUGCAAGCGGAUUGGACUCUUCAGAUGGAGAUGCUUAUGUCGACGUGGAUUCAGAGGCAGGAGAUGUCAGAAGGGUGUUGGUGGGUGUCCCAGAGGACGUUGCCGCAAUGGAGGCACUUGCAAGCGGAUUGGACUCUUCAGAUGGAGAUGCUUAUGUCGACGUGGAUUCAGAGGCAGGAGAUGUCAGAAGGGUGUUGGUGGGUGUCCCAGAGGACGUUGCCGCAAUGGAGGCACUUGCAAGCGGAUUGGACUCUUCAGAUGGAGAUGCUUAUGUCGACGUGGAUUCAGAGGCAGGAGAUGUCAGAAGGGUGUUGGUGGGUGUCCCAGAGGACGUUGCCGCAAUGGAGGCACUUGCAAGCGGAUUGGACUCUUCAGAUGGAGAUGCUUAUGUCGACGUGGAUUCAGAGGCAGGAGAUGUCAGAAGGGUGUUGGUGGGUGUCCCAGAGGACGUUGCCGCAAUGGAGGCACUUGCAAGCGGAUUGGACUCUUCAGAUGGAGAUGCUUAUGUCGACGUGGAUUCAGAGGCAGGAGAUGUCAGCAGAGUUUUGGCCAAGGUCGGUGCCAUAGAAGACGUUGCCGCAAUGGAGGCACUUGCAAGCAGAUUGGACGCUGGAGAUGGAGAUGUUUUUGUCGACGUGGAUUCAGAGGCAGGAGAUGUAAAAGGAGAGUAGGUGGGUGUCCUAGAAGACGUUGCCUCAAUGGAGGCAUUUGCAAGCGGAUUGGACUCUUCAGAUGGAGAUGUUUAUGUCGACGUGGAUUCAGAGGCAGGAGAUGUCAGCAGAGUGUUGGCUGGUGUCAUAGAAGACGUUGCCGCAAUGGAGGCAAAUGCAAGCAGAUUGGACGCUUCAGGUGGAGAUGUUUAUGCCGACGUGGAUUUAGAGGCAGGACAUGUAAAAGGAGAAUAGUGUGCAGCCAACGGAAAAUCGAUAUCCGGAUUGUGGUGAACGGACACGAGGAAACCUGAUGAUUGGAAUCAGUUAAAAAUCAUGUCAAUCACAUUGAAUAAAUAUUCUGCAGCUUA